UAUCGAUAUUCCAUUACUUCGUCAUGCCCUCGGCUUGUCAAGUGACACCCUCCAGCUCGUGUCGCAUUGAGGCGCCCCUUUCAGUUGCCGCAUCAUUGCUUCACUGUCGCAAGCAUUCGCGACAUCUGCUCCUGCUGCCUGCUGGCCAAUUAAAGUUCGCAUUAUUCACUUCCUUAUAUUCUGAUCUUUCAAUCCAACCUGUUCGCUCAAUGUCACUGAUCGACCUACUCUCCCGCUGAUCAUCCUCCCCCUCCACCCCCCACCAAAAUGGCGCCUUUCGAUGCACUGCCCGAUGAACUAAUCCAUCAUAUCCUGCAGUAUAUCCCCCCCGCAGAGACUCUAUUGAAGAUAUCGUGCUUGUCGAGACGCUUGAACCGCGUCGCCGAAACACCACUGCUAUGGCGAUACUACUGCGAGACGUCCUUCAAAUAUUGGCAAUCCGACCAUGCGUUCAAGGACAAGCUGCGAACCAGGGCAUCGGGCGUCGACUGGAAACGGCUCUUUACCAUUCGACUCCAUCGCAAUCACCGCGUCGCCGAACUCCUCGAUGAAAUUGUCGCGUCACGACUUGCAAGGCUACAAAGGACCGAGGAGAUUUGUCAAUUUGGGUACGAUGCGAAAGACUACCUCCUAACCCAGUGCCGGACGAGCGACGAUGCCGAAGACGUCCUCGCCCGAAGAUACUACUCAUGCACCGUCCUCGACAGCAUCCAUCGAAGUCUUGCCAUUGCAGAAUGGGCAAAAUUCCAGAAGCACGCUGCUUACUACACCGACAUGAAAACGCCGAACAGCGAGAAGCUCAAAUGCGGCAUGCGACUGGAGCGCGCUUUAGGAGCCUUCGAUAUGUUCAUGCUCCACGACAACGAAGGCGACAUGGACGAGAUCACCGAAAUGCUGGAUGCGCUGGCCGACCACUUCCGUCAGGCUCAUCCGAACAUUGAAGGCAUGACCACGCGUGAGAAGGCUGUCACUCUGGCGCGGUGGCUUCAUGAGAACGACAUGACUGGCUUGGACGAUCCCGAAGAAACCUAUCGAUAUUUACGCAACUGCCUCAUCGGAAGAGCCCUCAAGGAUGACCGGCACCCGUCUCUCCCCAUCAUAUCCUGCGCGAUAUACUCGGUCCUCGCCGAAAGAAUUGGCGUCGAAGCGUACUGCUGCGCCCUGCCAAAUCAGGUGCACGCUAUCGUCCUGUCCCCAACGGGCAUAUCAUUAGACGGCCAGCGUUUGUCGGACGGUGAUUUGCAGCAAAAAAUGUUUCUUGAUCCCUUCGCGACUGGAGACGAAGUCUCAAAGGAUUACCUGCACAUGUUCCUGUACCGAUGCGGCGUUACCACGGGUCACGAUAAUCUGCUGACUCCUACUGCUACCGAUCUGAUUGUUACUCGGACCGCGCAGAACAUCCGCUCCUCUUUCACCAGCUUCCGAGCUCGGACGCGACCGGUGUCGGAGUUGAUCCCCAUGAUCGAGCUGAGCCGCGGUGAUUGGGCGCGCAACUUGCAGCCGGCACUGUACAGCAUGAUUUGGGCGAGCAUCAUGAUGGUUCCUAUCAUGCCAGACAACGAGGACGUGCGGUGGGAUUGGCAGCAAGAUGCGAGAGACUUGCUCACGUACUUUUACGAAUAUUUCCCCGAAGACUCGUGGCUUAUCGAGAAGUACAUCUGUCCAAUGUACGACACAUUUGCAGCUCCCGGCCGCCGCCAAAAUAUCUGGGAGCUGCCGUCAAAGAGGGUCCGAGACCAGAUCAAGGAAAUACGACGCCUCGACUUGUCCGAGAAACCACCUCGCCGCCGCACCGUCUUGACCGGGUCGCUGAAACCCAAAUAUCGUGUGGGCCAGGUAUUUAAGCACCGGCGGUAUGAUUACUACGGUCUGAUCCUAGGCUGGACUGUAGACGGAGUGCAGUCAAUGGGUUGGGACGACGGUUCUCACCUGAGACAUCUCCAGCCGUAUUAUCGCUGCAUGCUUGGCACUGAUGGAUCUGAUCAUCACAUCUAUGCGGAAGAGAACCUGGAAGUCGUGGACGUCAAAGGAGGCGUCGAGGUACUUCCGACGGAGAUACGAGAUUUGUUGCCCAUGGCAGGCAAAUUCUUCAAACGUUGGGAUGCUGAGGCUGGAGUAUUUGUCAGUAACCUAAGGGAAAUGUUUCCCGAGGAUUGAGCCACAGAUGUGUGAGGCCUUUUUUUUCUUAAUUGAAACAGCUAGAGCCACUUUGAUCAAAUGGCAUACUAUCAUCAUUCAUGUCCGCACGUGGAUUUACGUGGCUCGUAGUGCCGUAGUGUUCGUAUGCAUAGAAGUAUUGUGGGCUUAUCGUGACAAGGUCCCAUCCGCGGUCAAUGGCGA